AUGAAAUUACCAACUCUCAUGAAUAUGGGCAAGUGCCAGCGCCUCCUCUUCCUAUCCAUCCUGGUAUGCUACCUAGGAACAACGGCCAUAUACUCCAUUGUCCCUAGGCAUGACCGUGGGACGCUUCUUCAUCCCCUGAAAUCCUUCCUGGGCGGCUCAAGGCCCAAUACGGAACCGCAGACUCCACACGAAGGCCUCGGGCAUUUGGCCAAGUACAACCUAACUCCCACAUUCGAGUACAGCCGACGUACCAUUCAGACGAAAUAUUUCGAGGGUCCACGUUCCACACUUACAGUCCUCGACAAGACCAAUUUGUUUGGUGAUUGGCAGACCUUAAGCCUAGAGGUCGACGACCUCAGUUAUGUUGCUCUUGAACCCGAGUUGCCUCCCUUGACCCUCCAUGUCCCGUCCUCCCCGGAAGUUGACACAUCCAUCAUAUCCUUCGGGAUUGCUACCAACGUCCAACGUCUCCCGGAUGCGAUUCCUCAACUUAAACACUGGCUUCCCCACACGGAGAGCUCCCUCCAUAUCCUGGUGCCGCCCUCAGAUAAGAUCCCCACUCUACAAAAGCAGAUGAACGACCUGGGAAUUAACACGUCCAUCAAAGAGAGCCCCCUUGAAUUUGCCAAAUCAUACUUCGCUCUCGUCAAAGAGCUCUAUGAAAAGCGCACCCCGGAUACCAAAUGGCUCGUCCUCAUCGACGACGAUACGUUUGUCCCGUCACUCGCAGCCCUACUGACACGCCUCAAUAAAGCAUAUGAUCCGUCGGAUGAACUACUUAUAGCCGCCAUGUCCGACAACAUGAAACAGAUACAAAUUUUUGGGCUGCUUCCUUACGGAGGAGGUGGGGUUUUCAUCUCUGUCCCGCUCGCUGCUAAACUUGUCGAGCCGAAGGUUUGGGAUGCGUGUAUGGAGAUACCAGACAACCAAGGCGACCAGAUUGUCGCUGAAUGCCUAAGACAGCACUCAGCAGUACGACCCACCUUCGACCCGGGCCUGAAUCAGAUGGAUAUUUCUGGCGGAGGAGAUGUGGCUGCAGGGUAUUACGAGAGUGGGAGACAGAUGCUUACCGUCCACCAUUGGAGGUCGCCGCAGCGCUGGUAUGACAUUGAUACGCCAACCGUGUCAUACGUCUCGAAGGCUUGUGGAGAUGAAGGUGUGCUUAUGCGAUGGCUAUUUAAGGGCGAUAUCGUGCUCAGUAAUGGAUACUCGAUUGCUGAGUAUCCGAAUGGGAUAGAGAUCACGGAAUUGGAAAAGAUAGAGCAUACAUGGCCGGAAGAGUUAUCGAAGUUCGAACACAGGAUUGGGCCACUUCGAAAAAAGAUGAAUAGCGAUGACAAGAGAACGUUGAAGAUGGUUGAUACGGAGAUCUUGGAAGGCUAUGGAGUCAGACAGACGUAUUUGGAACAGGAAGAGACAGAGCAGCCGACGAGGAGGAAUGACAGGGUACUGGAGCUGUUGUGGGAACUCUGA